GUUGGAUAAAAAAGCCGAUAAUCAUUCCUCUUACUAGUAUAGUCUCGAUUAACAAGCCAGGGCUCACAAGGCUAAGUACUUCUUCAGGCUGCGCUCAUCUUUUCUGCUGCGCGCUUUGCCGGAUGAGCCUCGUUCGUUCUUUUGUUGAUUGAAGCUUCCUUUGUAGCUUCAAUUUUAUGCAGACGUUCAUCAACCAGGAGCGAGACACAGGAGUUUGGGAGGUUUUACCUUCUACCUUGUGGGAGAUCAGGUAUGGAUCUGUUAGCUGGUCCUUCGACACACAAUACUGUCGUGUCCCCACAAAACCUGUCUCCCAUCCAAAGCCGCCCCAUUACCAUGGUUCCUUACUCAGGACAUCCCGUCCAAGACGCCGUUAUACAGUUCUUUGCAAAGCUAAACCAUUCGGACCUUCUCAAGAUCCGACAACCCUACCCCAUAACUCUGUGAAUGAAUGGCCAACCUCCGAGCCACUGAAUCACAAAUUCAUUGGUGUUCAAGUUGCAGAAGACGUCUUGAGAUCGUAUGAACUGGAUUCCGGAUUCACUCACUCUAUCAUGCCUGAUAUCACCUUGGACGAGUUGUAUACUAGUUGGACAAAGUUGUCAGUUGACGUCGACGAAGAGGAGGUCGAGUUUGCGAGGUCUCAGUGGGCUACUCUUGUUCAGGAUCUAGUCGGGGAUAUCCAACUAUGCCGGGCUAUAUCCGCCUCCGACGUUGACGGUGGCCGUUCCCAGUCUCCGCUCUCUUCGCUGGAAUACGAUUCAGAACCAUCUACCGAUUCUGAUAUGCUCCCUUCCACGCCCACACAAAGGAGUGCAUUUUCCGAUGUUGAGGUACAUCAGCCCUCCCCAGUGUUAGAUGCUCGUGGUCUUUCUCCACCCAAGGCUCUCAAUGGGUCUGCAAGAGCUUUCACCCCCAAAUCAGGCCCGCAGUCCAAGUUUUUGGUAUCACCCUCUCCAGACUCCAGCUCACGCUCGAGCUCGUCUUCCACCCCAAUCAACUUUGUAUUUCCAGCUAUUAACGGUAACUACCAGUACCUUCCUCCAGGCAUGAAAAAGGACGACCAAGGGUUCUACACCUCAAUCACCCCACCCGGAUCACCAUCUCGCGCCCGUCUUGAUUCCUCUCGGCCUUCCUCGCGGCUGUCAUCGACGCGUCUCCCGCAGUUCUUGUCCGAUGUUCAGUCGCGCAAGGCCUCCAAGACUAGAGUCAUCGUAGACCAGAUGAGAUCCACUCCAGUUACCAGCAAGAAAGGCAGGCCUCGCAAUCACUCCAAAUCUUCAUCCGACAAUUCGCCAGGACCUUCUACAUCACACGGUGACGCGGGAGAUAAAAAGGGUCUCAGCUCCACGCAAGGCAGAGACCGUAACGACUCUGACCCAGACUCACCCUUCAGCCUCGAGAAACUCAUCACGCCAGGGAGAAACGGGUGGGUGGAACUCCCAUCGCCUUCUGUUAAAGCAGUGAUCCCCAGUAGCGCUGCACGUCCAUCGUUCCCUACAUCAUCCUCAUUUUCAGACGCGCCCUUCGUCAUACAGCCUCCCGCGCCGCCUGGGCCCUUCUAUCACCUCCCGCGCGCGCCGGGUUAUCCAUACUCGUACGUCCCAGCCAGCGCUCCACCGCCACCACCGACCUCAUGGGUCCCUGUCGCUGCUUCCACUUACCCAAGCAGUAUGUAUGCACGGCCCGUCGUGUGGUGAUGGCGCCUAUGUAGAAACACCUUUUUUGUCAUUCGUCAUUCAUCAUAAUUACUGUAUGUAGCACCACCCCCUCUCUUAUUGUUUGUCUUUUGGAGGUGAUAUGACGGACCUUGGGGAACCGUCUACUGUAACUGAUUGUUUCGUUCUUGUCACAUUGUGCUUUAUGUAUGUGUCCUGUGUGUGUUUCGUUCGUUGUCUUGGUUUAUGAUUACAUGGUGGUAUAUGUUGUAUGCGAGCGGUAUUAUGCAAAGAGACUACUAUUACAUAAUAUGAAUGAAGUAGAUUUUUGGGA